GUCUGUGGUUGUUGUACGGUAAAAAAAGUAAAGUUCGCUUCGUUUUUUUUAAUUUAACUGCUAUUGCUUUGUAAACUUUGGUGAACUGUAUUUGUUGUUUUAACUUAUUAUCUAUUAAAAUUUAAUUUAAAUGUAAAAUAAUAUGGCUUUGCUGCCAUACAUAUUUCUCUCGAUAUCCAUAGUAUGUUGUUCUGUAUUAUCAGUUUCAGCCGAUUGCACCAUUCCUAUAGUCCUACGGAAUACGUGGUUCUCUUUUGAAAAUGGACAACAAACAAUUACUGACAUUAACGCCAGUGAGAUGACUGCGAGAGGCAAAUGUGUCAACAUAAAGGCAGACUACCAUGUCAACUAUACUAUGGUAUUCCACUACACAGAAUGCUAUUAUUGUGUGAAGCUUAUAGUGAGAACUGUAAAUGUACUGGAGAAAAUUGAAACACCCUGUGUCAACCUGGGUGCCGAUGAGGAGCCAACAGUUGAGAGAGUGUGCAGGGGCCUUAAUCCGGAUCAAAAUCUAAUCACAUUGUUCUCAGAGAACUCUGUUCCAGUCAACUGCAGAUCAUCACUUGAAGGAGUCUGGCAGUUUGCCUAUCAGAAUCGUUUUAGAUUCACCGGUGAAUGCAAUCAUCCAGAUGCACAGAUCAAAUCCUGCCAGACGGCUGGCACACAGUUCCUGAUCACCAAUCAGAAGUUUAAUAUAACUUACAGAAGAUGUCCUGGCAUGUCUGGCACUUUUGAUGGUGUUGUUGAAUAUAGCUGUCUUGGUCACUGGUUUGUUAACAAAAACCACUUCUUUGCCGUUGCCAACACAAAAGAAUCUCGUAAAGAUGAAAGGUAUAGGUGCUUCUUGAAGAACAGAGAUGAUGACUUGUACAUUGGUGCCUCUAUCACGCCCCAGUGCAAUACAUUGAAGACUGUAGAGAAGUCCCCUGAGAGAUACAGAAUUAAUCCUGUUAAGGCAGAAGUAGUAGAGCCAGGAUGUCGAUUGCCACAAAAUUUCUCAGGUGAAUGGAUCAACACGGCCAACAUAGAUGCCGAUGUGUUCAUCAACGAGACACACAUCAUUGAAACGUACUAUCCAGAUGAGGGACGGUAUAGGCGCACUAUUUAUGUUUGCAGAGAGCAACGCGAUUCAAGAGUGAUGAUGGCCCGCCUUACUGUCGACGGUUGUCAAAAGGAUUAUGUGUGUUUCGAUUUUGUGCCCCAGCAUCACAAUGUUAUAAGGUACCGGAAAGGCCUAGCCAUGAUACAGAGCAAUUUCCACACAGUGUGCUCAUGGGUGCAGUUCCCCAAUAAACAGCAAUGGCGUUACGAUAUAUUCCUCAAGAAAGAUCCAUCGCCCAUUCGUUGUCCCGUCGCUGGAAAGUUUAACUUUACACAGAGAGGAGAUGUCAGAUUUGAGACUAGGAUCCUUGGAGGUGUAACUCUCAGUCCCCGUCCAAACCUGUACUGUAAAUGGAAUAUAAGUGAUUUCUCAGUGUGUGAUGUUGAUCAGAAAACAAUACAGAUAAAGGAAAACUAUUGUCUGUCUGUGGACUAUUUGGGCAGGCCAGUGGAUAUCUACAGUGACCCAGAUUACAGGAUGAAAUGUAUUGGCUAUUGGAAGGAGAACCUCAAGUCUUACCUCAUUACUUAUGACGAGUUAGAUCCUUUCUCCAAAUAUAGAUGUUGGGUGUAUCAGAGGGCUGAUUUAAAUAGGGUUCUUAUGUCUCAAGCUUUGGGUCCAUAUUGCGAUUUGAAACAGGAUGUGACGUCAUGGAACUACACAGAAGGCGCUGCAGUUGCCGUAGAAAUGGAGGAAUACGAAAGGGAGAGGGAUCAAUGUCCGAUGCAUUUUGAUGACGGCAGUGACCCCUGGUCGACUAAAGAGAACUUUAUAAAAGUCUUCUCAUUCACUUACUCUUUUUGGAGAAGCAAUAGUGCGACUAGGAUAGACGUUUUUAUACCAGUGCUGUUGUUAGUUUUAAUCAGAUUUCUACUGCAUUGAAGCUGCUACUUUAGUGGAAACUUAUGUUUCUGAUAUUGUAUAGUUCCCCCCACAUUUACACAACAAUAUUGGCAAUAAAGAUCAUAUUUUCAAUAAUAUUGUGUAUAUGUAUUGCUAGUGGGACAUAUAACUCUUUGUGUAAAUAUAGGCUAUAUGAGCUGCACACACAAUAAUAUCCUGGAUCAUUUAAUACAGGCCACAUUGGUUUUCCAAUUUCUAGUGACUUUUUAAUAUAAAUGAAUAUGCUUCUACAAUAUUGACAAAUGUUUAUUGUGACAAAACAGAAGACAAAUUUACCAUCAUGAAAUAUUUUACUCAGAAUAUCUUUUCUAUAUUAAUUAAAGAUUUGAACUAAUUAGUUUAAUUUAGAAAUAGUUAAAUAAAAUAUGACAGAACAUCUAGUUGAGGACAUUUCAACAUUUUAUUUUGUAGCUUUAAUUUCAUUCAUACUAUGAAGUUUCACAGUGUGUCAUGUAGUAUUAUGCAAAGUUACUUACUUAGAGUUCUGUGUAAUAUGAAUGAAUAUUGUAGUAUAUGAUGAAUGUAGUACAUAGUAAUGAAGAAAUCUCAAAAUAAUAGGCAAGCUAGUAGUAUAUCAUUAUUAUUUCAUAGUUUAUAGAAGCAACAUUUGAGUAUUAUUAAAUACUUGGGUUUACAAUAAGUGUGCCUUAUUAGGUUUUGUUUUAAGUGAAAUGUAUAUUUUUGCAAUAUUCUUAUGACUGUCAAUGAUGAUCUUAUAAUAUUUGUUAAUGUGAAUCCGUCCAAUGAAACACUUAAUUUAUAUUUUAAAUCAUUAUUAUAAUAUUAUACCAUUUACAAGAAUU